AAAUGAGCAAGAGCAUUAAUUUGGCAAACCCGCUCAACUUUGGCUUGAGCUGAAAAUACCCUGUGUCUGUGUAUUGAGCAUCGUUUCUAUUCGUUUACACCGUUAAGUUAACAAAUUACAAAAACAUAUGGCCCAUCUGAAGACGACUAAAACCGAUCCAGUGCGGACUGUGCUGGCAAUUCUCAUAGACGAGACUCAAGCAAAGCAUACACCAGACAGCAUUAUCCGUGAAUUUCGGGCCACAGCCGAUAAACGACGCUCGAACCGCGAGCUGCUCUUGUUGCUCGAGUCCAUCAGCUGCAAGCGGCCCAACUAUCGCAACGUGCUCGACGAAAUCAGAUCCAUGCUUGAGCGCAAGGAUCCCAUGUACGCUUUGUUAGUCUUUGCCGAACGCAUAAACGGCAAAUUCUUGUGGCCAUCGAAAACAAGUAACGCCUUGAGUCCAUUGUUUGAUAUGCCGCCGCCACUGUCGCUUAGCAGCCGGAAUACUGUGCUCAGCGGCGCCAGCUCUUCGGACCUUCUGACGCCAACAACGCCUCUGAACAGUCGUUCCGCGGAUGAGAAUAUUGAUCUCUGUACAAUGGCCAGCACUACUUCGUAUGGACGGCGUGCGGUUGACCCAGCUGAUUCACGAGCUGAUCUGAGACAGAUUAAGCAACGCGUGCUGAAUGCCGUUUCGACCAGAACGGAGCCAGGGUAUGAUAAAAUUGUCAAGCACAGCAAGUCUGGCAAUAAAUCAGUUACGACCAAUGGCUCCAGUAUAUCUCCCGGUAACGCCGAUAAAAACGCCUCCGCCGAUGAUGUCUGGCCGAGUCUGGUGCUCGCGGAUGCUUAUAGUCGGAAGACUGAAAAUGGUGAUCAUAAUCACAAUGCACCGCCCAGCAACGGUUUGACGGAAGAGUAUCAUCCCACUUUGCUGUGGGACUACUACAAAGUGGAUGAUUCGAAUUCGCUGUGUAAACAGAGUCUGUCGGGAUUACCGCUGGAUACCCAACAGAAUUUGAUUCUCGAAGAUCUGAUUUACGUUCUGAAUGGUGUGCGUGGCGCCUACAUUCAGCCGCUGGCUCGCGACAAAGUGGUUGAAAAGUAUGAAACACGCUUUACCAUCCACAAUGAGCUGGACAAAUCGUUGGCGGAAUUGGCGCAAGAGAUUCUGCCGCUGGCCUCGCACUAUAUGGGAAUCCAAAUUGCCAUCUCAAACAGUGAGGGUCGAGGGCAGGUCAUCAGUGCUCUCAAUGCCCAAUUAACUGUCAUAACUAAAGAAUACCAUAUACUAAUCUCACAAGCUGAGGAGGAGCUGCACGAGAACCAGCUGUCUUUGUCCAAGCUGCAGUAUUAUCUACAGCCCACCAUGUGGGUUUUGCAUGCGAUCUGCACCUUCGUGGUUGAGAUGCAGACGAAUAAUUGCCAUGGCGCUGCUGUGCUGUCGCUUCUGGGCGUACACAUCAAGCGUUUGGAGGGCGACAAGUCAGCUCAGGAAGCGAUUAUAUCGCUGGCACAAAAAGCAGCGGCACCCUAUAUGACAAUGCUGCAGGCCUGGAUACAGAAGGGUAUCAUUGUGGAUCCGACGCGCGAGUUUCUGGUCGAGGAUAACGAGGUCAUACACAUAUAUGAGCUGCCCGAGCAUUACUCGGACGAUUACUGGGAGAGGCGAUACACCGUGCGCGACAAAUGCAUACCCAAAUUCCUGGAGGGGCAUUCGGACAAGAUACUACGCACCGGCAAAUAUCUGAAUGUGAUUCGACAGUGUGGCAAGCGUAUGAUGCCCAUACAGAAUAUGAACCUCAAAUACGAUCCCACAAACGAGCAGCAUGUGCGUGUGAUCAAUGAUGCGUACUAUUUUGCCGCACGCAUGCUUCUGGAUGUGCUAAUCACAGAGAAUGAUCUAAUGGGCCAUCUGUUGUCGGUAAGGCGUUAUUUGCUUCUGCAUCAGGGUGAUUUUAUCAUGCAGUUCAUGGAUGCCUGCGAGGAUGAGCUGUCCAAGAAUGUGGAUCAGGUGUUGCCCAUCACUUUGGAGAAUUUGUUGGGGCUGACGCUGCGCCUGUCGUCGGCACGUGGCGAUCCCUACAAGGACUAUGUACACUGCGGUCUGCUCACCUACGAUCUGGUUACACAAAUGUCCAAGAUCAUAAACCCCGAUGAAGAGAACUGGAAGACACACGAUCGUCUAGAUCUGAGUGGCAUGGAGUGCUUCGCCUUCAGCUACGAGGUUAAGUGGCCCGUUUCACUAGUGCUCAAUCACAUCGCCAUCUCCAAGUAUCAAAUGCUCUUCCGACAGCUCUUCUACUGCAAGCACGUCGAACGGCAGCUCUGCAAAAUUUGGAAGGAGAAUUCCUUAACGAAAAAGUUUUCGCCACAAUCGGCCGAACUAUAUCGUUCAGCGUUUACGCUGCGUCAGCGGAUGAUGAACGCUGUACAGAAUCUGGAGUAUUAUAUGAUGAUCGAGAUCAUCGAGCCCAAUUGGCAUAUCUUCAUUGAGAAGAUGAAGAAGGUGGAGAAUGUGGAUAUGGUGCUCAAGCUGCAUCACGACUUUCUCGAUCUGUGCUUGAAGAACUGCAUGCUGACCGAAACUUCGCAUCUGAAUCGUGCCAUAUUUAAGUUAUGUAAGAUCUGUCUAAAGUUCUGCGAUUUCAUACAGCGUUCGCAACGUUUCUUUCUCGAUGCGGAGCUUAAGUCAAUGGUCUGUGAUAGCAGUGAUGAGAAUACGGAUCAGUCCGACUCUGAGCCAGACAUUUCGGAUCGGCUACAGACCGAGAGCAAAAUGGAUGAGACGGAUACAUUUGGGGAGCGUGUGAAACGAUUUGAUCUGGAGUUUACGGGCAUGCUCAUAACGUUCCUUAAGCAAAUCAAUGAUCUGGCCAAGGAUAAUACCACUGAUCUCUUUAUGAAUCUUGUGCAUAGAAUCAAUUUCAAUGGUUUCUACUCUGACCAAAUGGAAAAGCUAUGUGUGGAGAAUGCCAUGGGCUAGGUCUGCAACUGGAUAUAUAUAUAUACAUAUUCAUUUAAAGAAAGAGUAAUGUUAAUCUGAUACCUCUGAUAUGUUCAAAAAUCUCAUCCAUUAUUUCUUCACAAAUUUCUACUCGAGGUUUAAAUCCAAUAUCAUUCCCAUCUUUACAGUUGUUCGUUGUUAAGAGAAAAGCACAAUAUAUUAAUUCUCCGUCUAGUUAUUGUACCAUAUCCAUUAUAUGUUUUAAAAUAAAAGAAAAUGUUUAUUGA